AUGGCCGCUGUCAUGUUGUUUGUGCUCGACCAGAGGCUCGACCAUGCCCGCAAAACCCCGACCGCAUAUCUACCAAUGACGCCUGAUGGAAGGAAUCUUGUCAUCGUAUCCUGCAUCAUGAUGGCACUCACAACUGUUUGGACUAUGAUGCGCAUUGUGUCGAAGUACAUCGUUGGGGCGGCCUAUCUGCUUGAGGAUUAUUUCUACUUGUUUGGGCAGGUCUUAUUCUAUGGUGCUGCAAUCUCCUGCAUUCUAUCGGUCGUCCUUGGGGGCGCUGGACACAAUAUCUCUGAUCUUGAAAACAACAUACACGUUUACUGCUUUUACAAGACGUUUCUCGUCGCGCAAGUGACCUAUGCCGCCGGGUUACUAGCUAUCAAGUUGAGCCUCAUACUUUUGACUCAGCGCAUCUUCUCGGAGUUUGGCCGCUGGUUUAGAAUACGGCCAGGCGACCAAGGCAGCAAGCUGUUGUUUAGUCUGGUGCCUAUUUUUGACAUCAUCACCGAUAUCGUCAUUUUUGCACUGCCGAUGAAGGUUGUAAGUACUUUACAAAUGGCCAAAACGCACAAAAUCGCGCUCUAUUUCGUAUUUGGCGCUGGCAUUAUCACUAUUCUGUUCUCUGGCGUCCGCUUAUACCAUACGCUGAUCGUUGACUAUGGAAACAUCACGAAAAGUUUCACUUCUUCACCUUACAGCGCCGUAUGGCAAAAUGGCAUUGCAGUCAUGGUGGCAUCGAGCCCCAUCAUUCGACCCAUAUUCGACCGCACGGUAGCUCGAUGGCUAAACCUAUCGAUUCGAGUCAACGGGGGGACUGCCGCCACGGGGCCUUCGAAGCGAUGGGUUCAAAGAGAUGACGGACAAUAG